CCCGCACGGUGCAAUAAAGCUCGCGCUCCACGUGGGUUUUGUUGCUUCCUUUCGAGUCCGAAGAAGAGCAAGCAGAAGAAGCAGAAGAACAGAAGAUUGGUGCCGAAACCACUCGGGAGACCUGUCCGCCCCGGAUCUCCACUCGGGGCCGGAGCUUCGGCUGUGCCCGGAGCUCCCUACUCGCUCCGGGGCACGAUCAGGACUAAGGACUGCUCCACACCCAGACCCACAUAGUCCACCUGCCUGAAUGCGGCCUGAGGCUCAAUCGGUGUCAGAUCCUCUGGAGUUGCAGACAAGUGUGAGCUUCCAGUUUCUAUCGGAGAUGAGUGCUGCAGAACCUGCAGACGCUUUUGUGAGCAUGCUCAGUACCACAGACAGCCUGCAUGAGGUCAAGAUGGGUAAAAAGCUCCAAGGAAAAUGUCUCAGAAUCAUCUCCUCUGAGUCUCCUGCUAGGCUUUACUGCUGCUAUGCAGUGAUCAUCGUCCUCACUGGAGCUGUGAUUGCACUUUCUGUGGCUCUGUCAUUGUCAGUAAGAAAGUCAGAAGAUGUCUCAAUCAAAAACACUCAUGGUUCUUGCCCAAGAAACUGGAUUGGAUUUGGGAGUAAAUGUUUUUAUUUUUCGGAAGACACAAGUAACUGGACAUUCAGUCAGAACUUCUGCAUGGAAUUAAAGGCACAGAUAGCUCGAUUUGACAACAUGGAGGAGCUGAACUUCCUGAGGAGAUAUAAAGGGACCUUUGACUACUGGAUCGGCCUACACAGAGAGUCACCAGAGCACCCUUGGAGGUGGAUGGACAACACGGAAUAUAACGGCUCGGUUCCCAUCCGAGGAGUGGAAGACUAUGCCUACCUGAACAACAACGGGAUCAGCACUGCCAGGAUCUAUGCAGACAGGAGAUGGAUCUGUAGCAAACCCAACAGCUAUAUCCUCGAAUGCCAAAUUCCUUUUGCUUCUGCCUAGUCUUUGUCAAAAGAUGUUUUGUACCCUGAUAUCAACAGAUGCUGCUCUAUUUCCCAUCUUCCAACACUGUUAUUAAAAAAACCCUGAUUGUUAUGUCUAUACUUUAUUUUUUUAUUAGAUGAAUAAAGACUAUUUCAUUUUGAAAUAUCA